GAACUCUCGUAGGAUUUGAAUGCUGAAACGAAAAUACACUAAACACGGAAGCAGACGUUCUAGAAACACAGAAGAAGAGAAUUAUUUUGUGAAAUUUGCUCUUUUUGGUGGAUGAGGAUUGCCUGAAUAGGAGAGUGGUGUAGUUUUAUUACCCAUACACCGUUUUAGCGUUUCACAAGGAGGAAAAAAUGCCACUGAAGCAGAUGCACCCGACAUUUCAGAAAAUGAAUGUUGUCAGUCUUUCCUGUAGAUUUUGUGAUAAUUUAGUUUGUCAACGUGGAAUGAAGGCAAUAUUAUUAGCUGAUACAAAAGUAGAACUAUAUUCUACAGAUUUUCAACCUCAAGGUGCUAUCUGCUCAGUAGGAAAUGAAUACUCUACAGCAAACUGCAAAUGCAUGAUUCAGGACACUGCUUGUUUAAAAUGUGGCAAUGUGGUGGGUUAUCAUGUGAUAUCUGCUUGUAAACCUUGUCUACAGUCCUGUAAUAAUGGACACUACUGGAUGUUUCACAGCUCCUCUGUGGUAGGAAUGGAGAGAGUGGAUUUCACAGGUUCCCACGUACUUCUCUGGAGUGAUCUUCCCAGUUCUAUGGCAGAGGAGGAGAGGCUGCUAGAAGACUACUACAAUUCCCUGGAAGAAUGCUGUAGAUGAGACAGGAAGUCCAGGAAAAUGCUACAGUUGAGAUGUGGUGAUUGCUCUAUGUGCCAGUGCCUGCUGUGAGAUGUGUUCAACUGCAGACUCCAAUAUUACAAUAUUCCAAGGAGAAAUUCAGUGAGGUCUUUGGGAUAACAGACCCCUCCCCCCUGCCUCUUCCACCUCCUCUCUGAUUGCUGAAGCUGAAUAUGUUUUUUCUUUUGCAAUGUGAUCAAAUGCAUGGAAGCUUUGUUUGGAUGUGAUCAUAAGUUGUGAGAGUGUGAGAGAAACAUAAAUGUAGAUCUAUAUAUAAUAAAGUAAGCCUUGUGAAUUGAAUGUCCAUCUUGUGUGAUAUGAUGCCACAUGUAUCUGUAUUCAUAGAGAGACAGUCAGACAGCAAGGCUGUUAUAGUCAUUAAGAUUUGUGUUGACUCUCCCAGUGCCUUGAAAAGAGAGGGUGUGAACAAGAUUGUUAAAAUUGCUGAUGUCCUGACUUUGUUGGUUGGCAUUAUGUAAAGUAUGUGUUACAGUUUUGCUAGUGUUAUGCAAUAUGUUUGUCUUUAAAAUAAGAUGCAAUGCUGCCACAGCUUGGUUUGUGUUUUCCUGUAUUUUACAAUGUAUACAAAGCAAGGCGCAGUGGUUGUAGAAAUAGAAGUUGAUAUUUAUGUCACAAAGGUGCUGUUGAAGCAGUUGUCAAAUUAGCUUUCAUCCAGACUCACCUGUCAAAUUAAUCAGAAUGGAAAAUAGGUCUCAUGUUGUUUUUAGAACAGUCCUGUCUUCUUGAACUAAGAGCUGCUGUAACAACAGGAAAAUCAGAGGAAGUGGUGGAAAGAUUUUCAAUCUGUGCAUUUAUUCUGAAGUGGCUACUUGAUAACCUCUGUAUUUAUGUGAUGACUCUUUGUUUUGAGUACACCACAAGCUUCUUGUUGAUGAGGUGUGUGAGACCACCUCAUUACUUUAAUGCUCUUUGUUUCUUUUGUUAAGGAUACAUCUUUAUUUGUCAUGAACUAAGGAGUUUGGGGCAAAUGAAGAGCACAGAAAAUGACUGUGCAUUUUGCCUUUUGGCUGUCACACAAUUUAUUUUUAUAUAUUUAAAAAAUAUAAAUAAAAUAACAAAGUGUAUGAAGUAAUUUUAAUAGAAUGUUUUCUGCAGUUGUAAAGAGAAAAAUGUAUUUACAAUAUUGUUGAAAUAUACUUUUC